UUGACUAAAAAAACUGAAAAUACAUCUGAUGAGCUUCUCAACACUAAAACAACAACCACAGAGUCUCUUGAUGAGGUGUUCGCAACUGUCAAGCAGGAGCGCGGCGUCACCUCGCUCGUCACCGCACUCAAGAAGGGUAAGCUCGAGGGCAGGCCCCUGGAGUUUUUGCCUCUGAACCGGCGUAGUGAAGAAGUGCUGGCCUCAUCGUCCGCAUCUCGCGGUCUCGCCGAACUGUUGCGGCUGCAUCGAGCGCAAGCCUCGCAGGAAGCCCGUCGAGAGCUGACCCAGGCGUUGCUUGACGAAUUAGCGGACGAGAAGCCUGUUCGCGACCCCAUACAAGAGCUGCGCGAUAUGGCCCAGUAG